AUGAUCGCCGCGCAGCUCCUGGCCUAUUACUUCACCGAGCUCAAGGAUGACCAAGUCAAAAAGAUUGACAAGUAUCUCUAUGCCAUGCGGCUCUCCGACGAAAUGCUGAUAGAUAUCAUGACUCGUUUCAAGAAGGAGAUGAGGCAUGGUCUUUCCCGGGAUUUUAAUCCGACAGCCACAGUCAAGAUGUUGCCAACGUUUGUAAGGUCCAUUCCUGACGGUUCAGAGAAGGGGGACUUCAUCGCCCUGGACCUCGGUGGGUCUUUCUUCCGAAUUCUGCGGGUGCAAGUGAGCCUAGACAAGGACCAGAACGUGCAGAUGGAGUCCGAGGUGUACGACACGCCGGAGAGCAUCAUGCACGGCAGCGGGAGCCAGCUUUUUGACCAUGUCGCCGAGUGCCUGGGAGACUUCAUGGAGAAAAAACACAUCAAGGACAAGAAACUGCCUGUGGGACUCACAUUUUCCUUCCCUUGUCGGCAGUCCAAGAUAGAUGAGGGCAUUCUGAUCACCUGGACGAAGCGGUUUAAAGCGAGCGGAGUGGAGGGAGCGGACGUGGUGAAGCUGCUUAACAAAGCCAUCAAAAAACGCGGGGAUUACGAUGCCAACAUCGUGGCCGUGGUGAACGACACGGUGGGGACCAUGAUGACGUGUGGCUACGACGACCAGCACUGUGAAGUCGGCCUCAUCAUCGGCACCGGCACCAACGCCUGCUACAUGGAGGAGCUGAGGCACAUCGACCUGGUGGAGGGCGACGAGGGGCGCAUGUGCAUCAACACCGAGUGGGGGGCCUUCGGGGACGACGGGGCCCUGGAGGACAUCCGCACGGAGUUCGACCGUGAGAUCGACCGGGGCUCCCUCAACCCGGGCAAGCAGCUGUUUGAGAAGAUGGUCAGCGGCAUGUACCUGGGGGAGCUGGUUCGCCUGAUCCUGGUCAAGAUGGCCAAGGAGGGCCUGCUGUUCGAAGGGCGCAUCACCCCGGAGCUGCUCACCAGGGGGAAGUUUAACACCAGCGACGUGUCAGCCAUUGAAAAGAAUAAGGAAGGCCUCAGCAACGCCAAAGACAUCCUCACCCGCCUGGGCGUGGAGCCGUCCGAUGUCGACUGCGUUUCCGUCCAGCACGUGUGCACCAUCGUCUCGUUCCGCUCGGCCAACCUGGUGGCGGCGGCACUGGGCGCCAUCCUGAAUCGCCUCCGAGAUAACAAGGGCGUCCCCAGGCUGCGGACCACGGUUGGUGUCGACGGGUCUCUUUACAAGACGCACCCACAGUUUUCUCGACGUUUCCACAAGACCCUGAGGCGCUUGGUGCCCGACUGCGACGUGCGUUUCCUCCUGUCGGAGAGCGGCAGCGGCAAGGGGGCGGCCAUGGUGACCGCGGUGGCCUACCGCCUGGCGGAGCAGCACCGGCAGAUCGAGGAGACGCUGGCGCACUUCCGCCUCACCAAGGAGAAGCUGCUGGAGGUGAAGAAGAGGAUGCGGGCCGAGAUGGAGAUGGGGCUGAAGAAGACGACCAACGACAAGGCCGUGGUGAAGAUGCUGCCCUCCUUCGUCCGCAGCACACCGGACGGGACCGAGAAUGGUGACUUCUUGGCCCUGGAUCUCGGAGGAACGAACUUCCGCGUCCUGCUGGUGAAGAUCCGCAGUGGGAAGAAGAGAACGGUGGAAAUGCACAACAAGAUCUAUGCCAUCCCCAUCGAGAUCAUGCAGGGCACGGGGGAGGAGCUGUUUGACCACAUCGUGUCCUGCAUCUCCGACUUCCUGGACUACAUGGGGAUCAAAGGCCCGCGCAUGCCGCUGGGCUUCACCUUCUCGUUCCCUUGCAGCCAGAAGAGCUUGGAUGCGGGAAUCUUGAUCACCUGGACGAAGGGGUUUAAGGCAACCGACUGCGUGGGGCACGACGUGGCCACCUUACUACGGGACGCGGUGAAAAGGAGAGAGGAGUUUGAUCUGGACGUGGUGGCUGUGGUCAACGACACGGUGGGCACCAUGAUGACCUGUGCUUACGAGGAGCCCACCUGUGAGGUUGGACUCAUCGUAGGCACGGGCAGCAACGCCUGCUACAUGGAGGAGAUGAGGAACGUGGAGAUGGUGGAGGGCACCGAGGGCCGGAUGUGCAUCAACAUGGAGUGGGGCGCGUUCGGGGACAACGGCUGCCUGGACGACAUCAGAACGCAGUACGACGUCCUGGUGGACGAGCUCUCCCUGAACGCGGGGAAGCAGAGGUACGAGAAGAUGAUCAGCGGCAUGUACCUGGGCGAGAUUGUCCGCAACAUCUUGCUCGACUUCACCAAGAAGGGGUUCCUCUUCCGAGGGAAGAUCUCGGAGUCGCUGAAGACGCGGGGCAUCUUCCAGACCAAGUAUCUCUCCCAGAUCGAGAGCGACCGGUUAGCGCUGCUGCAGGUCCGGGCCAUCCUCCAGCAGCUGGGCCUGAACAGCACCUGCGACGACAGCAUCCUCGUCAAGAUGGUGUGCGGCGUGGUGUCCAGGAGGGCCGCGCAGCUGUGCGGGGCCGGCAUGGCCGCCGUGGUGGACAAGAUCCGAGAGAACAGAGGGCUGGACCACCUCUCCGUGACCGUGGGGGUGGACGGGACGCUCUACAAGCUUCACCCGCACUUCUCCAGAAUCAUGCACCAGACCGUGAAGGAGCUGUCGCCGAAGUGCAACGUGUCCUUCCUCCUGUCCGAGGACGGCAGCGGCAAGGGGGCCGCCCUCAUCACAGCCGUGGGCGUCCGGCUCCGGGAGGAGAAAAGCAGCUAA